AUGGGUAUCAAUAAUCCCGUUCCAAGAUCGUUAAAAAAUGAGACUAAGAAGGCAGCUAAGGUGUUAGCGUCGUUUGUUAAGCCUAACCAGGUGCUUGGGACCGAUGAGGUGAUUCCACCUCAUAUUCUCAAAAAUGCCAAGGGGCUUGCUAUUAUAACUGUUCUAAAGGCAGGGUUUUUGUUCAGUGGUAGGGCUGGUUCCGGAGUGAUUGUUGCUAGGCUUCCAGAUGGUGGGUGGAGUCCACCGUCAGCGAUUGCUAUGGCAGGAGCGGGGGCAGGUGGUAUGGUUGGUGUCGAGUUGACCGACUUUGUUUUUAUUUUGAAUACAGCCGAUGCGGUCAAGUCGUUUUCGCAAGCUGGGUCUAUUACUUUAGGUGGUAAUAUUUCUGUUGCUGCAGGGCCUCUGGGGAGGAAUGCUGAAGCUGCGGCCACUGCAUCCUUAAGUGGUGUUGCGGCUAUAUUUUCAUACUCUAAGACUAAAGGUUUAUUUGCGGGGGUAUCCGUCGAAGGUUCUAUAAUAAUAGAACGAAGGGAUGCUAACCGAAAGUUCUACGGUGCUUCUUGUACCACUAAAGCGAUACUUUCUGGUCUCGUCAAUGCUCCUCCGAGUGUUGAUCCGCUAUUCCGAGUACUUCGAGCGCGAGCAUUUAAUCCACGGAAGCCUGACGGUGCCUCUGUUGAUGGUACCGACAGCUACACUGAAGACUACUAUGGUGAUGUUCCAUCAAACUUUGAAUCGAAUGAUCAGGAAUCUUCGAGCGCUGACAGAAGACAAAGAGGACUUAGAAGUACUUCCAACUACCAUUCUGGUAGUCGUGACAAUUAUCGUGAGUAUGACGAUUAUGGGUUACCUACAAAUCGUAAUGCCUCUGGUAGAAAUAAUAGCCCAGGCUAUGACGGAUAUUUGGAUGAUGACGAUAGCAGUGACUACUUUACUAGGGGAACUACUUCAACUAGGAUUAAAAAUAAUUCAGGUUCUCGCCAAAAGGCUUCAUCUAGGGGGGUUGAUGACGAAUACAGCGCCGAUAUAAGUGCAUUAUCGGGAAGGUUUCAGAACUCUAGUAAACCCAACGAUUCAAUCGCACCAUCUAGGCCAACCUCAGAGAAACCAGAUUUUGGUCUACUAAAUACAGGAAGUAAAGGAUCACACUCGGCCUCUAUUCGUGACCGUCCUUCUUCUGGAACUCCAAAAGCAGUAGCAUUAUAUACCUUCAAAGGAGAACAAGAUGGUGAUUUACCAUUUAGAACUGGUGAUGUUAUCGCAAUAUUGAAAAAGUCUAAUUCCCAAGAUGAUUGGUGGACAGGUAGGGUCAAUGGUCAAGAAGGUAUAUUUCCUGCUAACUACGUCGAACUUGUUUAA